UCUCCGGUGGGUGCAGAGACUCCUGGCUGGACACGUGACCCUGGAGAGCCCGGCCUCCCCUGUUCCGCAGUAAACCGGAUGGCAGCUACCGUGAUUGUGGCGCCCGCGGGCCGCAGCAGCUGGGACGAGCCCGUGCGCAUCGCCGUGCGAGGUCUGGCCCCGGGACAGCCCGUCACGCUGCGCGCGUCCCUGCGCGACGAGAAAGGCGCGCUCUUCCGGUCCCACGCGCGGUACGAAGCGGACGCCGGCGGCGUCCUGGAUCUGGCGCGCGCGCCCGCGCUGGGCGGCAGCUUCACGGGGCUCGAGCCCAUGGGGCUGCUCUGGGCCCUGGAGCCCGAGAAGCCCUUGGUGCGGCUGGUGAAGCGGGACGUGCAGACGCCCUUCGCCGUGGAGCUGGAGGUGCUCGAGGGCCACGAGCCGGAGGCCGGGCACCUCCUGGGCCGGACGGUGCUGGAGCGCGCCUUCCUGCGGCCGGGGGUGCGGCGGGUGCCGGUGCGCGAGGGCCGGGUGCGCGCCACGCUCUUCCUGCCGCCAGGUGCGGGACCCUUCCCUGGGAUCAUCGAUCUGUUUGGAAGUGGUGGUGGCCUUUGUGAAUACAAGGCCAGCCUCCUGGCUGGACAUGGUUUUGCUGUGCUUGCUUUGGCUUAUUUCAAAUUUGGAGACCUCCCUAAAUUUUUGGAUAAUAUGCACCUGGAGUACUUUGAAGAAGCUGUAGAUUUCAUGCUGCAGCAUCCAAAGGUGAAAGGUCCUGGUGUUGGCCUUCUUGGCUUCUCUAAAGGAGGUGACCUGUGUCUCUCAAUGGCCUCUUUCCUGAAGGGCAUCACAGCCACUGUACUUAUUAAUUCCUGUGUGGCCAACACAAUGACUCCUCUGCAUUACAAAGAUAUGAUUAUUCCCAGUCUUGGUAGUGACAUAGGGAAAUGUGCAAUUACUGAGUCAGGAGUUAUGAUUUAUGUGGGGGUUUGGGAUAAUCCACUGGAGGAACCCAACUACCAAAGUAUUAUUCCAUUGGAAAGGGCCCAGGGGCCCUUCCUGUUUAUUGUUGGCAUGGAUGAUCAAAAUUGGAAGAGUGAAUUCUAUGCUCAGAUAGCCUCUGAACGGUUACAGGCCUGUGGUAAAGACAGACCCCAGAUAAUCUACUACCCAGGAACUGGUCAUUGUAUUGAACCACCUUAUUUUCCUCUUUAUAGAGCUUCUAUGCAUGCCAUGUUAGGCCAAGCAAUACUCCAUGGAGGUGAGCCAAAGGCACAAUCGUGGGCACAGGUUGAUGCCUGGCAGCAAAUUCAAACUUUCUUUCAUAAACACCUCAAUGGUAAAAACUCUGUACAGUCCAGCAAAAUAUGACAUUGUAAUCAUAGACCAGAUACUAUUAACAAAAAUCUA